CAUGUCACGUGACAGGUGUAGUUUAUUGUUUGCCUGCCUGUUUGUCAUGUCUUUUCGUGUCACGUUCGGAUUUAACGAGACGCCUUUGACGUUUCUGUUGGAAAAUCGUUGUUUUGCGGCAGCGGAAGAGAUGAUUAGGAGAGAUGAUGAGAUGGUUGGUGUGGAUGAUGGUUGUUAUCAACGAACUCCACUAUUCAUUACGUUAUCAGGAGAGAAGUCGGCACACGAUGGACAUCCUUGUCCGAGGAACUUGCGUUUAGCUCGCCUGCUGGUAGAAAACGGUGCCAAUGUCAACAACAGAGUUCCAAAGAUAUUUGGAUCUGAUUUUGUUCAUCCUGGAAUGUCACCUCUUGAGUGUCUGGUUGAGUGUUUCAGUGACAUUUCCACACGACUCGUGAAGUGUAUAGAUAGUGGAACUGAUGGGCUUAGUUGUGAAUGUAAAGAGUAUGUGUCUAUGACUGGUAGUGGAGAGGCCGGAGCAUUAACUUUGUUAGAGGAAUUGGUCAGCUUGACUUGGUUAUUUCUUGGUCGAGGAGCCGAUCUUAUGAUUCGUGAUGAAACUCACAAGACUCCACUUCAUAACACGUUGCUAUGCUCGAGAGACAUUCAAUUUGCACAAUUGCUGUGUGACAAUGGAGCUGAUGUUAAUGCAAAGGAUGUAUUUGGGAACACUCCAGUGAUGUCUCUUUGUUCCUCAUUCCCUUGGGGACGAAGUUCUGCCCUUGGACCAAUUGCAGCAUCAGAGGCAAGUAAAAGAUGGGCAUGCCAAGCGGUUGGGUUUAUGAUGAAGCAAAGCCAGUUUAGGAUAAACGAAAGAAACAAGAGAGACCAGACAGCUCUCUUCCUUGCCAUGCAAGGACAUCACUGGCAACUCGCUAAGCUACUCAUGAAUGCUGGAGCUGAUCCAACCAUCUGUGGUCAAAGCCCUUCUUUAGUUAUUCGCGUGUCACCUCUGUUGGCAUCUCUCAUACCCUGGGACUCAUCUUCUAGUCCUCGUUCGACCAUUACAGGUGCCGGAUUUCAACUUGUAGAUGACGGAUAUUUCCAAACUGCUGAUGUCAUCGAUGAACUAUUGGGAGAAAACUACAUCUCGGCAGACACAAGCUUGCGAGGACUACGCAGAUUUGGUUGCAAAUUGGUUCCAUUACUUUUUGGUAAAACAUCAUGUCCACUAACUCAACUCUGCUGUCGCAGACUCUUCUCUAUCUUGCUACCGUUAAUGACAGGUUUUAAGGACCUUCAAACUAUUGUAGAGGUCAAAACUCAUCAUUUGAAAAGCAUUCUAUCAACCGUCAAUGCCCCUGCAGACUUGCUAGCGCAGAUGCAGAUAACCUUACUCAGAGAACGAAUUUUGACAACCGUCAGUCAGUACAACUGGAAUGAUGAUGAUGAUGAUGACGUCAUUAGUGAUAACUAUGAUGAAGAAUCGGAUGGCGAAUUUUGGUAGU